AUGAUAAAUCUCAUCAACUGGAGAAACAUCUACCUACUAACCGUUUCUCUACGAAUUAUUUUCACAUUGUCAAACUCGUACAUACAUCCAGAUGAACAUUUCCAAUCUCUAGAAGUACUUGCAAACAAGAUCCUCGGUUAUGAAACAAACAUACCAUGGGAAUUUACAAAUGGUGCACCUGCUAGAAGUUACGGUCCAUUAUACAUCACAUAUGGUCCAAUAUUAUACUUGACCAAAGCAUUGAACUUGGACUUGACACCAAUACAGAUUUGGUAUAUUAUUCGAUUACAAGUUUGUCUCAUUAGUUGGUUGAUGACUGAUUUCUGCUUGUAUUGGAUGUUACCAGUGAAGCAUGAACGAAUAAAGGCCAUCUUCUUUACCCUGACGUCAUUUGUAACGUUGGUUUUCCAAGAUCAUUUAUUUUCAAAUAGUAUUGAAACGGUGUUGUUGAUUUGUGCCAUUUAUAUCAUUGAUGAUUUGCGAUACAUUCAAGAAAACCCAGAUUUGUAUGGCGUGGAAAAGACAAACUCCAUCUUUGCUUUAGGGGCGUUGGUUGCAUGUGGAAUUUUCAACAGAAUUACUUUUCCUGCAUUUUUGGUUCUCCCUGGUUGGUUUGUAUUAAAGUAUCUUUACAAUCAUGUGCUAUCGUUAGUACCAUUGGCAUUGGGGUUUCUAGCACCAUCAAUUGCAUUUGUACUAUUUGACACUUGGAUGUACCAGUCAUCGAACUAUGUCAUUACACCAUUAAACAAUCUAAUGUACAAUGCAAACCCGGACAAUUUGAAAUUGCACGGUCUACAUCCUUUGUACACACAUGUACUAGUCAAUUUACCACAGAUUCUCGGUCCUGGAUUACUAUUCAUUGUUUCCAAAAGGUAUUGGAAAACAACCGCAUUCCUUUCAAUCGCAAGUGCGCUUAGUUUUCUUUCAUUGAUUCCACAUCAAGAACUUCGUUUCUUGAUUCCUAUCCUACCAUUAUGUUGUUGUUGCUUUGAUUUGUCUCAAAAAUGGAUAUCUUCUUACUCGGUAUAUGCAUGGUACUUGUUCAAUAUAGCCAUGUCGUUGCUAAUGGGCGUGUACCAUCAAGGUGGUGUCGUACCUGUAUUGAACUAUAUGCGUGAAAACGACUUAAAAGGUACGCAAAUCUGGUGGCAUACUUACUCCCCUCCAUCAUGGCUCUUGGGAAGCCAAUCUGUUGAAACUAUUGCACUUGAUGAAACUUCAGCUACUAAGAAAGACUUCACGCUAGUUGACGCGAUGGGACUGGACGUGGAUGAAGUUGAAUCAUUGUUAUUUAAAAGAGACAAACCUAUUUAUUUGAUAACUCCAGUCGCUUCCUUUCACAACUUCAAUGCUACUCAUUUCAGACCCAUUUACAUAUUUAAACACCACAUCGAUUUGGAUCACUUACAGUGGAAACACUUCCAGUUGGGUUUGGGCGUAUAUGAACUACUUUGA